AUGACAAUCAUGAAAGCCACUCUUCAACCGUCAACCUGUGCACAAAAAUAGGUCGGUGCUGCAUCACUGGUAUUACGGCGUUAAUGGGGGUGGAGUGAAAGUUGUUGAAGGUAGGCAGUGGAUUAACGGCGUCAUCAUUCAAAGUUGAACUAUCUGUUGACCACUGAGAUAUCUCAGUUACCUCGGAUGGUGAUAACGUUAGAGAUACCAUCCAUGUGUAUGGGCGCAGUCAAUACCUCGGUCAGUCCACAGCUGAUUCAAGCCUCAGGACAAGAUGGAAAGCGUCAGUAAAACAGAUUCAGUUCAGAACAGCGAAAUGGAGGACGGGGAACGUGUUGAUGUCCCGCAACCUUCGUUAUCCAGCUCAGAUAAAGAAAACAAGAAACCCAGUGAACGUAAAGCCUCCAUGGCAUCUAGGGUAUUAGAUGAAAAUUCUCCUCUGUUAGAUCCCUCAAGGAACAUUACGUGUUACAAGCGAAGGUGGUAUGUUUUGGUGGUGUUCUCCUAUGCUGCGCUUCUUCAGACAGCCGUGUGGAACACAUUCGGACCUAUUGCUCAGUCAGCUGAGGCUGUGUUCGGGUGGUCGGAUGCCAAUAUAGGCAUGUUGAACAACUGGGGGAAUAUUGUGUACGUUGUGUCUAUGUUUCCAGUCGCCUGGCUGAUGGAUGUCAAAGGACUACGGGUAUCAAUGCUGUUGUGCUCUGUGCUGCUGGUGUUUACGACCGCCAUACGAUGCAUCACCAGUGACCCAGUACCAGCCACAUGGUUGAUGAACACCGCAGCUUUAGUAGUUGGCAUGGCUGGUACUGUACCUAUGGCCGGCCCCGCCCUUUUCUCCGCCACGUGGUUUCCCCCCAAUCAGAGGGCCACUGCAACAGCCGUGUCAACUAUCUUUAGCUACAUUGGCAUAUCAGUGGGCUUUAUUAUUGGUCCGCUCUUGGUGCCACAGCCAGAUGAACCAUCCUUGAACAUGACCGACAUACGACCUUUAAAUUCAAGUCGAUUCAACUCCAGUGGAUUCAAACUGACGCCAGCCGCUAACAUAUCCGAGGUGAGAAGCGGUAUCAUGAGACUCAUGUAUACAGAAUGUGCCAUGUGUGUGUUGCUGCUGCUCCUGGUGGUGGUGUACUUCCCCGCCAAGCCUCCGUCUCCCCCAAGUCUCACAGCGUCCAUAGGGAGGAUAAGCUACCUACAGGGGAUCAGAGGAUUAUUCACGCAUAGACGCUUCUGGGUGAUAAUGACGGCCUUCAGUAUACCAACGGGAGUUUACCUCGUGUUUGGAGCUGUGCUGGAUGUCGUCCUGAAUGGUGUUGGUAUAUCACAGGACCAUGCCGGUUGGAUUGGUUUUUAUGCUACGGUGGGUGGCUGUGUAGCGGCACUGCUGAUGUCCAGGAUUGCUGACCUGUUUCUACGUCACAUGAAGAUGAUGCUCUUGCUGCUAUUCGUCUUAGCAACAGGCGCCACAGCCUGGUUUGUCUUACUUUGGCUGUCCUACAUUCCUUUCAGUUUGGUGUCGCUGUACCUGUCCUGCAUCUUGAUGGGAGUCUUCAUCAAUGCUUCUAUACCUCUGUUCUACGAGCUUGGGUGUGAGGCGUCUUAUCCUAUUGCUGAGGGAGUGACGGUCGGUGUCCUCACCAUCGCCAACAACCUGACUGGUGUCAUCUUCCUUUCUGUGCUGCAGAUCCCGAAAAUAGGUGUUGAGUGGAUGAACUGGACCAUGCUGGGCUCCAUAGCAGUUGCCGUUCCUCUACUUCUGUUGUUCAAAGAGAAUUACACCCGGACUGACAUCGACACACAAGAGAUCAUUGUUCCAGAGCCUGAUGAGGGUGGUGCUGCGUCGAUCAAUAGCAGCAUAAACGUUGGCUCAUAGGAAAACAUCAAACAUUUUGACAGUGUAAUCAAACACUCCUUUGACUCGGAGCUGAUUGGUGAACCUGUGGCUUGCAGUUUCAUACUGUGGCUCUAUUGCACUGGUGUGAUUGAACAUGUGAUUCCCAUGGAUGUGGAAAAGUUUGGCGCUUCCGUCAUGGAGAUUUACAAACAUGUUUCCAUGGAGGAAAGCUAUGACACUCACAAUCACGUGAAGACUUUCAAUCCAGGGAUAUAAUCACCAGCAAAAUGUAAUCCACCUGUUGGGUGCAAACAUUUGCUUUUUGCUCCUUUUUCAUAAAAAAGACACAUGUACACCAAGAAUAACAUGCCUGGGGAGAAGACAAAAUGUCAAUUGUUGAUGACUAAUUACAACGUUUGUAUGAGAUAAUAUUCUAUUUUCGUUGUUGUUGUUGUUGUCGUCGUUUGUCGUUUGCAAACGAUGUUGACUACGCUCUGAUCCAAGGGAAAUACUCGCACUUUGUAAAACCAUUAAUGAAUCUUUGGUUUUGUAGUAGUACAAGCAGUACAUGGAUAGUACACGUGUACUACCUGAUCUGUUCCUUCGCCUGAGGUGAAACUUCAGCUUUGAGCAAAUUAAAAUAUUCUAACUCUGGGAUUAGAUCUUUGAAUAAAGCACUAAAUUAGC